CAUACCAUAUUUGGGAGUGCGCCUCAAUCGUUUCUUCGCUUUUUCGUCGCUCUAGAACUUUGUAAGUCGUUUUUGUAUCUGUUGCUCACGUAAACUUCCAGGAAUUCGUGUUUACUAGGAUUUUGGGCGCAGCAUUUUAGAUAUUCACAGGUCUCCCGCUCGCUCGCCCCAGGUCCUUUAAGACCAUUUUGAAAAACGACAGCCAUUGAUUGAUAUGCGCAAAAUCACCUUCAGAAAACAUACUCGUCUGAUUAAAUGAACAAGGAAGGUUGAUGACCAAAAGGGUACUUCAAAAUGAUUCUUGUUUUAAACAACGAUCACCCAUUGUCUCUUGAGAUGCAAUCUUUCCAUGCGAAAAAUGAAUAAUCAAAGUACUUAAGGGGUUGCAAGCUAGCAAGUUAAUUAAGCUUGCUCGAUAUCUAAAACACUGUCACAAAAGCCAGUUGUCAACAAGAAGCCUUUUAAUCCAACAGCUUUUCAUCACCAAUGGUAUUUCCUGUUACGUCAUCUGCCAUUUCACGGCUGGUCACCUGCAUGUCACAAGUCCACGGGGUCAAAUCUGUAACUGGUGCGGUAACCGCAGAACAACCACCGCAAAAUCUAUCACCUACAUGUAAACAACGCCAACUAUAGCUUCCUUCCAUGACAAACAUGUCGUGGAUAUGGCCUAUUGCAGCGUUAUCCGUUAUCGCAGCGACUUUUAGCGCGCCGAUCGGGAAUAACACCAAGAUAAUCAAGAUUUUCCCGGAAGAGGUACAGGAACAUUGGGCGUUCUUCGCGAACUCGAGGCCGGGUAAGAACCCGCUGAAAUCGCUCUUGCAUGACCCGGAGGCGCUAUACGCCGUGUGCAGAGCGGCAGAGUUUGCCGCGAAUUCAUAUAGAGGCACACACGGUCAAAGAUUUCGCCUGCGGAAUAUCUUAAAUCUAAGUCAAGAUUCGGGACAAUGGGAUUACAAAGUCCAAUUGUUGCUGCAGAACACAAAAUCCCAAAGCCUCCAGGAUGAGGAUUUUCUUAUCGGAAUUAGGAAACUAAGCAAGCGGGUUUACGAAGCUGAGGUUGGAUUUACUAGACCAAAACGAGACGGGGACUUGGAAAAGGGAGCUAAUAAGAAUACAAGUUGUGAUUUUCUGAGCUCGCUUGCGAACUGCACGGCUUGCGGGUAUAAGGGAAUUUGCAGGAAAGGGUCUGCGCGCGUAAAACCAUGGCUUGCAUUCGCGCUCAAAACUCAACGCGAGCUACAAUCGAACGCCUCCUUCGAGAAAUACCAAAUGCUAGCGGCGCACAACGCGUUCAACGAUCGUUCGGACGGCUACGGCGAGAUGGACGACUGCCGCUGGCCUCCCCCCUACCAUGGCGUCUGUAUCGACUUCGCAAACCAGGAGUUCAGCUUUACGGAUUUGUUAGACAUGGGGGUUCGCGCACUCGAGAUCGACCCCUGGUGGUGCUUUGGUAAGAUCAGAAUGAGCCACGCCCACGAUCAUGCCUAUCUGGGGUGCAGCCCUUGGGAUCGGGAAUUCCACUAUGGGAUACAGGAAAUCGCGGAAUGGAUAAAGAGGAAUCCAAAAGAGGUUGUUCGGAUUUAUUUGGAGGACAGUGGAAGUCAUACUAAGGGUCACGAUGACCUUAUUAAUGGUCCAAUAAAGGAUUACCUAGGAGACAAAGUCCUCACCCCAAAUGAUACACUGGUCUACUUCAAUGGGCGUUGGCCUACUGUCUCUGAGAUGCGUAAGCUAGGUAAAACAGUUGUUGUAGCAACUGGGAACUUAUAUAAUCAUAAGGGUAUGUAUAUUCACAAGUCAUAUUGGCAGGAAAUGACUUAUAAUAAGUUUCUCUCACAAGCUAAUUGUUCUGCAAUGGGGAACAAUUCCAUUCCCAUCAGAGUCUAUAGUGACAGCACUAAGUAUGGACCGUUCUGGAAUGGACCGUGGAAAACAGGGACCAUUUUGAACUACAUGGACUUCCUUAAAUGUGGGGUAACAUACCCUGCCGCUGACCAGGUGAAUCCUCACCUCCUGGCAACAGCUGUCUUCACCUGGGCUGAGGGGGAACCUAGCACAAAGCUUCAGACAGAUACAUGUGUUCUCCUUUGUGGUGGGGAUAAGCGAUGGCAUGUUGCAGAUUGCUCAGAAAAGCAUCAUUUUGCAUGCAUGUCUAGUCAUGAUGUAUUCAAGUGGCUUAUAAGUGCCGUGUCCGGGCCAUAUAAUGAGCCUAUUUGUCCAGAUGGCUACCAGUUUGGCCUGCCACAAACUGCAAGGCAUAGUGUGAUUCUGCAAGAGGCGUUGGGAGACAAUGAUGUUUGGAUAAACCUGACACCAUUCAUCCCACUUUUGCAGGACAUUAGUCAGUAAUCUUGUUAUUCCCGAGGUGCCACAUACAGUAGCAUACAUGUAGCUUCAUCCCCAGGCUUCUAGAGCUGGGCUGUCAUCUCUUUUAUGUAACCUUUUAAAGAGCACCCACCAUUUUGAAUCUGAAUCUAUAGAUCUGACUGAUAGAAGCCUGGGGACAUGGCUAUGCCCAAUUGACUAUGACUAUGUGUGCAGCUAGGGAUGAGCUUAGAGGUAGGCUCCCCCCACUGCCCCCCUACCCCAACAAAUCCUAGCUUUGUACCUAUUACAUAGAAAAUUUUGGCAAGGUACCAAGAAGCAAAACAUAGGUAGGCCAAACAAUGCUAUGUUAUUUUUAUGGAAAUGUUUGCACAGUUAUAUGUUUUUUUAUAAUUCAUAUUUUUUUUUAUUUAAUAUAAAAACGUAAUUUUAAAUAAUAAUAGAGUUAAUGAUACAGUAUCAUCAAUUUUGAUGUGGCAAGGACAAACCAUUUAUUAAUUAAAUGGAGAAGCAAAGAAUAUUUCUUCAAAGCAAAAGGAAAAAACUAUCUUACCAAAGCCAGCCUAAUUUGUUGUUACAGCUUCAUACAGUUCAUAUGUAAGAAAAUUAUAUUUUCAUAAUCUGGAUUAAGAAGUUCAUGUAACAGAUAUUCUUUGAAUUUUUCAGUGAACCGGAUAAUUGGUGAAAUACUGAUUGGAUGCUAGGUAAAUUUCUUUAAAAAUUGUAUAAAAUAGGCAUCUAGAGAUUUUCUUACUAAAACAAAAUUGCUUUUUAUAAUAGCUUUAAUGUUGAUAUAUUUCAAACAGUACUUUAAUAAAAGCGUAAUUUUUAAAGAAGUACUAAAUAAUUGUUUGAUGUUCUUUCCAAAGGGACAGCAAUAAAAAUAAUCUAUAUGUAUUUCCUGUUACCUAAUUAGAUGACAGAACUGUAGCAGACCUUUUUAAAUAACUAGGGUGUGGAAAGGGCAGCCUACUGGUCAUUUUCUUUUAAUCUUUAAAAAAUGGUGAGAACAGGAUAUCCCUGGCCCCAUAUAAUGUUAUGUAAGUUAAAGUAUUUCAAACAGUACUUUAAUAAAAGCGAGAUUUUUAAAGAAAA